AAUUCACAUGUUUACGGAAAGGCGAUACCACAUUCUGUAGAUGUUUUUAUACGAGAACUAAUCCAUCUUCUCAAUAAGGACAUUGCAUAUAAUUACAUAUAGCAAGUACAGUUUAGUCAACUAAUUUCUGUACUAGUAAAAAUCGCCAUUCUUGAAUUAAUUACAGGUGUCCGUAUCACAUCGUACAAACAGGUAAAUAAAUGUAUUAGUAAUAAACAAGUGACAUUGACAAUCGACAUAAAUAUAUGUUUUAUCCCUUGACGGGAAGUUAUAUAAUCAUUAUAGAGAUAUGGAGGUUACAAUGUAUGUUGUAUGUUUGACUUUAGUUUUACCAUUUGCUUUAGUUUCUGGAUUACCUACAACACCACCAAACUUGAAAAAAGCUUCUGUGAAAUCGCCCUUGAAGGAACUAGACGCAACUAAUUUACAAACCUUGAAUCGAGAAACAAGGAAAGCUUUGCUGAAGAUUGUUGGAGAUGAACUUUCAACGGCGCACGCUGUGAUGAAAUCUAUUGAACCGGAAGUAAACGAUUGUCAGCAGAAAGUAGAUCAAAAAUACUAUGAUUGUGUACAAUGUGUUGAUAUGAAAUGUCAAAAUAGGUAUAAAGAGUGCAACGGUUCCAUUCAAAUAUCAGCACCAAAUAGCGGUGGUGUGUCUGUGUCCAAUUCUGUAAAUGACCGUGGACGACCGAUCACAACUAUUUGUACCGUAAUGUGGGGACAGUCGAAGGCUUGUACAACUGUCAUGAAUCCGGAAGGAGCGUUUGCAACAUCUAUAAAAAGUAUGGGAGAUACUAUACAUGUACAUUUACGAAGUGUUGCGAACGACUUUGGUGGCAGUGCCGGCAUGUUUGUGAAUCAGAUGCACAGUGUGGUUGGUGAUAUGAACACUUCACGUGUAGUGAAUGAAGGAGUAGAAAAAAUGCUCAAUGAACUGAAUACUGAACUUGGUGGUAUGCAGUAUGAACUUCAGCAUAUGUUUGAUGGAGUUGGUAGUGAUAUCCACCAGUCUAUGACGGGCAUGGACCAUACGUUGUCUCAGAUUGGACCGAACGUCAAUCAGAUGGUAUCACAAAAUGGAAAUCAAAUGUGGUCAAAUGGUGGACACAGAAUGCACAUGAUGCAACAAGGUCCUCAUAUGCAAAUGCAUCAGUCACUUAGUCAAAUAGGUCCUAACGUGAAUAGAAUGGUUUCUCAUAUCGGACCCAACGUAAAUAUAGGAGUCAAAAAAGGUGUUAACAAUAUGAUGCAGAAUUUUCACCAAGGUUUUGGCCAAUGGAGACAGAACUUUGGGCAGUCACUCAACAAUAUGUUAUCAAACAUGUUUGGAAGGAAAAAGCGUCAAGCUCAAAUUAUUUCUGAUCCAUUACAUGAAGUACAAUGUGAUGUUAUGUCGAAAAAUUCUACUGUCUGCGCUGAAUAUAGAACAAGAUGUCAGUCAUGUCCACAAACUAGCAACAUCACUGAUGGAGACGUUAUCCAACAAGAAUGUGGUGAUGUUAUUGUGGACAAAAUAAAUCAGAUAAAUUUGAAACUAGAAGAACUUGAACAGAUAGAAGCUACAGUGAUAUCUGACAGAAAAAUGCUGACAAAGGUUGAGCUCGAUCAGAAAUCUUUGAAUCCUGAGACUUUUGCCUUCAGCAAAUUGUUCGUCACUGCAAAAAUCAAAGGCCAGCCUUUAAGAUUUCAUUCGAAAUCCGAAUUGAAAAUUAUGGAUCUCCCAAGUACAGGUCAAAAUAUUGCUAAACAAAUCUGGAAUUACUGGAACGACGCAGCAGUUCAUAAACCAAAAUAAACUGUCGGCACGAAUUGAAGGACAACGUUAUAAUUGAGUCUUGUAUUCAUCCAUUCAUCAUUGUUAUUUCAUCGUGAUUUGUAUAUAUUGUUGUAUUCAUUGUUAAUAUUUUAUGGAAUAAAAGAAACAAAUUUUAA